AUGGAAGAUAACUUUUAUGGACUGCAGGAGAUCCUCGAGAAAAAAGGUCUCCCAGAGUUUCCAUCUCUCCUGCCAUAUGAGCUGAGAGAUCCCGAAGCAACUUGCUGCUUAGAAAAGCUGUAUGAGGAGAUGAUCUGCGAGGUCUCGAGAAACAAUGGCCUAAUCCCUAUUCUUUCAUCUGUAACCGGGCUUCCUGUUGAGACAGAUAUAAAAGAGAUCGAACGGCUUUUGGCAGGAAACAAGCCGGUAAAGGGAGAGUUCUUCCGAGUUGGGCAUGUCUCACGCCCCCUGCCCCCGGAAAAGGACGAGUAUCCAGGGUUCGUGACUGGUAGUGGAAGCAAGAUUACUAAGAGGGAGCAGAAAGACAAGAACGAGGUGGAUGGAGAAUGUAAUGUAGAAAGCUACAUAGUGGACAGAAUCAGAAAUGAGAUUCUGGAAAAGGCUGUGGAUGUCAAGUGGGAUGACAUAAUUGGGCUGAGAGAUGUUAAGAAGGCCAUCAAUGAGAUUGUUCUUUGGCCUAUGCUGAGGCCGGAUCUAUUUACAGGGCUUCGUGGGCCUCCAAAGGGCCUUCUUCUGUUUGGGCCUCCUGGAACAGGAAAGACCAUGAUAGGUAAGUGUAUUGCAAGCCAGUGCAAGGCGACGUUUUUCUCUAUAAGUGCAUCAUCACUAACGUCCAAGUGGGUUGGAGAGGGAGAAAAGAUGGUUAGGGCGUUGUUCCACCUAGCAAGAUCAAUGCAGCCAUCGGUUGUGUUUAUUGACGAGAUUGACUCUCUUCUUUCGCAGAGGAGCGAGAACGAGAACGAGGGAAGCAGAAGGAUCAAAACGGAGUUUCUGGUUCAAUUUGAUGGGGCAGCAACGUCUGAUAGAGACAGGAUACUGGUGAUUGGUGCAACAAACAGGCCUCAUGAGAUUGAUGAGGCUGCAAGACGCAGGCUAGUGAAGAGGAUCUAUGUUCCCUUGCCAGAGUACCUUGGCAGGAGGCAAAUGGUCGAGCAUCUAAUAAAAGAAUACAGGAACACCCUUGAAUCUGCAGGGCUGGACGAAGUGGCGAAAAUGACAGAAGGAUAUUCGGGAUCAGAUAUCUUUAAUCUAUGCAGAGAGGCAUCCCUGGAGCCGCUGAGGGAGAUUGAUGACAUCAAGGACUUUAAGAACGAAGACACAAGGCCGAUCUCCCUUGAAGACUUCAGGAAGGCCACGAGGCAGAUAAGAAAGAGUGUUUCGGAGAGAGACCUUGAGAUUUAUUCAGACUGGAACUCCAAGUUUGGGUCCGUUUCGUAG